CGGGCGUCCCGCCCGUGGGCACCACUUGGGCUGCCCAUCAGCUCGAGCACAAAAGAGGAGUCUAAAAUGCGCUGCCUCUGCGUGGCCGUCCUGCUAGGCAGCGCGGUGGCCGAUGAUUUCAGAGAACACCUCGCGCGGCUGCGGCAGCGGGCCAUCGAUGCAAAGCACGAGCGGCAGCAGCCACCGCCAACGCCCCUGGCGCCCGGCGUGGGUCGCAACCGAACGCGUCACGAUUCCCAACGUCGACGGCCGCCUGCGACGCGGAGACAGCGCUCGCCAGAGGCUCGUCCGAACGUGCUCUUCCUCCUCGCAGACGACCUCGCGAAGAGCGCGAUCUCGGCCUACGAGAGCCACCUCGCCCGGGACCUUCGGACGCCGCGGAUCGAUUCGAUUGCUAAAGAGGGCGCGCUGUUUACCAACGCCUUCGUGCCGAACUCGCUUUGCACGCCGAGCCGACUGACGAUACUGACGGGCCUCCACGCGCACGAGUCCGGAGUCAGGACACUGUCGGGCACUGCCAGCGGCCCCUUUAACCAUAUCACUGGCAGCGGCCCGGGCCGCUGGAAGCAUGUCGCGGCGGGCGCUCAGUCCUACCCCGCGGUCCUUCGCGCUGCGGGCUACGCGACGGCCCAGGCGGGCAAGUUUGCCGCUGGAUUCGAGCACAUCGGCGCUGCUGCGUUCGCCCACUUUCGACCUUUCCGCGAAUUAACGUACCGCGACACGGCGUUCUGCGCGGGGUGGCCGGCCGCGUGCCGCCCACUACCACAGCGUCGGGGCCUGUGUGGAAAUCAACCAGUGUGUCGGGUGCACCCGACAAUUCUUCACUAAGUCAUUUCUCGGCGAUGACGUGGCCGACCUGGCUCGGUCGAGCGGCGAGGAACCGACAUCGCCACGCCAUCGAGCAGGCGUCGCGUCGAUGGCGUGGAGGACGACGCGAUGAUUCAGCACGAACGAGCCGUAAAAUUUUGAUUUCCACACAGGUCGGGGCCUCGAGUCCGCCGCGAUCGCCGCCGAGCUCGAAGCCUGGAUAGCGGCGCAGACUGGACCGUUUUAUGCCGAGGCCGACUUCUACGCGGCACAUGACCCCUGGGGCUCGGACCCUUCCGACCGCGCAAAGUUCGUGGCGACGCAUUUCGCCGAGCCGGCGAGUCUCUACCACGAGUGGGGCGGCGCCGGUGCGGCCGGCCACGUCCGCGCGGCGGCCGAGGCCGCGCGCCGCCACCAUGCUGGCCUGUUCGACUACAAGCUGGGACCCACGCGCGCAUACAGAUGCCGCGGCUGCCUCGUGUCACAGGCCGUGCAGAAGCUCUCCGCGGAGAAUCUCCGUCGACUCAAGAGGCCGCCGGAGGACGCCGUCGCGCGGCGGAACGCGACCUACCAGGCCAUCGCCACGGUGUAUUCGCGAACGGUCCUCGGGCUCGACCGCGCCGUCGGCCGACUCCUCGACGCCGUCGAGCCCGCGCGCCACUCGACGGUCGUCGUCUUUGCGAGCGACCAGGGCAUCUUCCUCGGCGAACACGGCCGCAUCGACAAGCGCCUGGCGUACGAAGAGGCCAUGGCUUUCCCGCUGAUUAUUCGGUACCCGCCCCUCGUGCGGCCCGGGUCGAGCGUCGACGCGCUCGUCGCGUCGUUCGACGUCGGCCUGACGGUCCUCGACCUCGCCGGCGCCGCGUACCCGGAGAGAUACGCGGCGCGCCUGCCAGGUUCUUCUCUCGUGCCGCUCCUACGCGGUGAUACCGGCGGCCCGCGGACCGCCCACUACUACCGCUACUUUCAGCACGCCGCGGCAGUACCGGGCCACGUCGCUGUCCGCGCGGGCGGGCUCAAGCUCAUAUUCUGGUACGCGCACGACUGCAGCCACGUCAUCCGCGACGACGACGCGACGCGGCCGCCGCGCCCUCGCAAGUCUCGCGGCGCUUGGAACGGCACUGCCGUGCCGCUCGUCGACGACGCUUGGGAGCUCUUCGACCUCGAGGCCGACCCGGCGGAGAUGCGGAACGUCUGGGCCACGCCCGCCUACCGCAGCCGGCGCUGCGAGGCACUCAUUGCGCUCCUCGACGCCAAGCACGACGCGCGCGACGACGACGAGCGGUACUGCCCCGAGGCCGUCCAGCAGGGCACCGCGCUUGGCGCGCCCGGGAGGAAGGGCCAAGUCACGGUCGGUGAGCUCUGUGGCACCCGACGUCGCGCGUAGAUCCGCCGAUCCGAUAUUUUUCGGAAAACUCCAAAGCGGCGAUGGUGGAUUUAUCCGGGUAUUCAUGCCAGUGGCAGUCUUAGUCUGCCAGUGCCCUUCAAGUUUUGUAUUUAUUAGGCCCGCC